AACCCAUUAGUGCCUGCUGGUGGAGAGAGCUGUGAACGCAGAUGGGCGCGUUAUUAUAAUAAUACUAAAGCAUUAGGUUAGCGCUUUCAUUUGCACCUGGCUGUAACUGACAAAGCGCAAAAUAGUGACUUUGCAGCUAUCACAUGCAAGUUGGAUAAUUAAGAGGAAAUCUUUUCCGUUGCUGAACAGACCUCGACAUCAUUUAAUUAUUAAUAAUGGUCAUUCGCAUUUUUGUCGCUUCUUCAUCUGGUUCUUUAGCGAUCAAGAAAAGACAGCAAGAUGUGGUUAGAUUUCUUGAAGCAAACAAGAUUUCAUUUGAAGAAAUUGAUAUAACCAUGUUGGAGGACCAGAGAAUGUGGAUGUAUAAGCACAUUCCUAAGGAAUGUCUUCCUACACAAGGGAAUCCCCUUCCACCUCAGAUAUUUAAUGAUGAUCAGUACUGUGGGGAUUAUGAUGCUUUCUUUGAAUCUAAGGAGAAUAACACCGUCGACUCAUUUUUAAGACUGAAUGCACACUUGCCCGUCAAGGUUGCUGAAUCUUAAACAUCACUCCCAGAAUAUGAGAUGUAACUGGAAAAUCUUGGCAUUUUUAAAGUAGCAUUGCAAUUUAAGCCUGGUGAUCUAAGAGACAAUGAUGGUUUUCCAAAUGUCACUGGAUUUACUCACCAAAAGCUUCAGAAAACCAGACACUGAGUCAUUCAUAAAGUGGUAGGCAUCUCAUUUGCCAAGAUUCUGGAAACUACUACAGAAGCUUGCCUUACAUAGAGAUUAAUUCAGUCACUAGUGAUUUGAAGGUGAUUUUUAAUUAUUCAUGGACAUGAGGGGUCACAGUUGGAUAUAAUGGAAAUCAAUUGUGUAGCUUAAAAUAAUCCAGCACUUUCUGAGGACAGAGUGAGACUGUAAAGCACUGUCAAGCAGCUCUCCAUCUCUGUGUUCCAAUAUGCAAUCAAGAUGUUACUUAAUGCAGUUUAUUUUCAAAGCAUUGCUAAAGCUCAGUUUGCCUUGUGAAAUGUAUAGUCAGUGGGUCAGAUGAAAAGAGAAGUGUGUAUAUAUACUCAAGAUAUGAUUUAUGUACUUUGAUUAACAUUUGCAGAUUGUACUAAAGGUACAUUAAGGGGGAUGACUGAGAAAGGGUGUCUUGGAUUACACAUGGCAGUGAAAAAUACUUUGAAACCCAACAAGGGCAUAAUAUAGCAUUAAUGUAGCCAUUUAUUUAAUGCAUUAAGAUUUUUUUAUGUAGUGGUGGGGGCAGGGAACACUAUUCUAGGCUAGAUCUGUCUGGUAAAAUAUUAAAGCUCUUUUUCUUUUCUGUACUUAAAAGAUGUGGUCUUUUAAAAAAAAAAAAAAAAAAGUCUAGAAUUCAGAUUUCAAAUAUUCAUUUAUCUUGCUCAGAGUUAUUUACGAUAGUGUAGCAAAAAGCAGAUAUGAGUUCCUUUUAUGCUACGCAUAUUAGUACAGUAUGUACUACUCAUCUUGUUUGGUUUAUCAAUGCUCCCUAUGAUUUUAAGUUUUUUUUCCCCAUUGGCUGUUCAUGACUAUAGCUUUCAAAAUUCAUUCUACUGCUUUUAUAAUUUAUCACUUUUUCAUUACUCCCUUCUAGAGGGAUUUAAUUUAUCUGGUCAUGUUUUAGGUAGGGUGGCACAGUGGGUAGCACUGUAACCUCGCAGAUCCAGAAAAUUAGAUUUGGAUGCUGCACCCAGUUGUUGCCUCUUUGUUUGUGCAGUACAAUAUCCCCAUAUUUUCCAGUUUCCUUUUGCUGUGUAUAUUUAUAAGACACUUCAGUUAGUUGAAACUAUAAGUUUUUCCGAUUACAGGUGGACCCGGUGAUGGACUGGUGUCCUUUUCAGAACUGUUUCCUGCCUUACUGCCAAUAUUAUGUACUAUAGCCUUGAUUCAGACUCUAGUCCCAAUUAGUCUGUGAGCAGUUAUGUUCUAUCCUUUCUUUUUCCUGUCACAUCCUAAAAGUAUACACGUUUAUUUAAGUGCUGUCUGUGAAUGUCCCUGAAUUAGUAAAUGAGUAGGUGUGUAAGAGUGCCCUAUAAUGGACUUGCAUUCCAUUGAUUACGUCUUCCAUACACCCAGUCCUAUGUAAUGGGCUCCAGGAUUCUCUAUCCAGAAAUGCAUUAGAGUAAGGAAAUGGAUGGAUGAACAAUUUCUGUAUAACCAACACAUGGGCCAAAAUCUUUCAAGUUCUAUGGCUAACCUGUGCCAUAAUUCAUAAUGAUCACUAAGCACUAUAACUCAAAUUUAGUGGGUAUAGAUUAUCUUAAAUCUAGUUGAAAAGCUGUAAAAUUGAAACAAUAAACAGAAUUCUUUCUAAAAUCCUCCUGUAUACAAAAAUACUGUAAGCAGCAAGAAAGAUAAUAAAAUAGUAACUACUUGACAGCAUUUAACAUACAUUUAUAAUUAUAGUGCCACAGUCAUCACAGGGUGUGACUUCUUUCAAAAAUCUUAGAGGAAAAAAAUGCAUUUAAGUUUAUACUCUUGGAUUGCUUGCCAACUGGCAAGACAGAAAAAAAACUUCAUUUCCAGCAAUGGCAUGUGGUGCCUUCACUACCCUCUGUAAAGCCAUGCAUUCAGAAUUUGAGCAGUUGGCAUAACAGAGUAUGGUACAUUUGGAAACCAGACUCUGUUUUAAUGUAGCGUCCAGGAUGACCAAUCAAACUUCCUGAGAAAGUAAAUGUGCUGAUCUGAUUUCUUGAUUAUCUAAUUCAUGUGGCCUGGCAAAAAUCAGUUAUGGUACUCACAAUGCUACGUUCUUAACCUUAUCCCUGUAGGCUGCCUAAUCACUGUUGAGGAUCCGGCAUAUGAUGCUUAUGAUAAAGCAAUAAAAUUUAUUUUAAGAUGUGUUAACCAUACAUCCCUAGGUUAUUAAAUUGCUGUUUAAUUAAUAUUCUUGCGUCCAAUUAGUCCAUUUUAGGUUUGCUGAGUGACAAAGCCUAUCCUAGCAGCAGUGGGCACAAAUCACAGACUAGACAUGGAUUAGUUACCAGUCUAUUGUAAACAAUUGAAAUACAUUUUAUUAGAACAAUUAAAGUUUCCAAUUAAAAUGAGUAAAAAUGUAGACCGUUUAGCAGAUUUUUUUGGUUCAAUGUGUAAACCAAGUCAGCUAAUCAAACUUAGCUGAAUUUACGGCUUUGUGUUCCCUUGUCUACAUUAUUGUCCUCCCCAUUUGCAAUUUUCUUGUGAAAAUAGCCCAAGAGCAACCCAGCAUAUGCACAGGUAGUGUUUGACAAGCCCCUUUCCUGAAUAUAUGCAUGUUUUUUGCUAUUGUGGCUAAAAUCAGCCUCCGUGGCAAUGAUUUUGAGUCAGAUAAGCUUUAAUAAAGGGUAGUAAAUUCGGCAUCAGAAAAGUCAAGUAAUUGUUUACACAUUCCCUUAAGCAGUGGUGAAAAUGUCCAUUCAUUUAUUUUUCUGAGCCAACAUUUUCAUUAAAGAAUCAUUGGGAGCUUAAGUCUUUUUUAGCAGAAGCCAACUCUACCCUAUGAAGGACUUGUGCAUGCAUCUACUUACCCACUCCCACUCAGCCUGUGACAAUUUAGUCACUAAUCCACUUCUCUGGGUCUCUAGGCUGCACAAAAAUAUUGUCUGGUGUAUCACCUUGUGAUUUAUGGAUAGAAUAUAUAAACUGCACACGUAGCACCCCACCUGUUUAUUCGAAAUGGGCUCUGGGCACUUUGAGGAUGAACUGCUAUCUAUUGUGCCACUGUGCUGCACUUUGUAGAAACAAAAGAUUUUAAGUGUACCAUCUUAAAGGGCAAGGAUACAAAUUAAUGAACAUUCAGAAAAUUUUGUCAGAUGAAGGUACUUGACAUUAAACAUGCUUUUGAUACCUCACUUUUUUUUUCCCAUUUCCUUGAAUUUUUGUAUAUUGAAAUUUUAAUGUAUGUGUAUCAUUUUGUAUUUGAGGUCGCAAAAAAUGAAACCAAAUAAGAAAUAUGAAAAUGCUGAAAAAUAGAUUGCCAGUAAAGAAACCUUGAAAUACGUGUUAAUAUGUGCAAUAAGUGUUAAUAUUGCAGAAGACAUAUAAAACAUAUGUUCUUAAGUUUUAAUUUAAACCGAGAAUUACACUCAUCCAGUUUUGAUUUUUCUAUAUAGCUUUUUCUUUCAAUGCCUCCUUUACUACAAUGAAUACUUUAAUUCGAUGCUGUGUAUUCAUUCUUUUUCACAUUUUUUUUAAAAGUAAAUUUACAAAAAUACCACAUAUUGUACUUAAUUAAAUUAGAACAUUACUAUGGUAGUCCAAUGUGGAGUGAAUAGUUUUCUUGAAGUCCAAGAGCAGCAGUUAUACCUAAACUGAGGACAUUGUGUUUUAGCUACCUGUGAUUACAGACAUUAAUGUGUUUAGGAAAACAUUCAUAGCCAGUCAUGAUUUCAGUGAUUUUAUAUUUUUUUCAAGCCAUUAGUGUUAAGUAAUUAACCUGUAAAUCCUAUAAAGCAUACCACCUCUUUAUUAUCUAGUUGGUGUUCAAACAAAGUUUGUUAGAAAGAUUCUUAUAUUUUUGUCUUGACUGUGGUGGUGUAGAAAUUGUUACAGGAAUGUUUUAUUUUUAAAGUAUUUAAAUAUAUAAUAAGUGCUAAAUUAUUAAUAUUUAUUUUCUUAAAAAUGUUUAGAAUUCACAAUUUAACCUUUAUGAUUAAUUGGCUAUAAUGACAGAAAAUUUAAGUCACAAAAGUAGUACUACUUUUUAAGCUUGUGCAUUGAUGCCUGCUAACAACAGCUGACAUUUAUUUAUUAAUACUUGCAUUAAUCCACCAUUCUGUUUGGAGUCUAUAUCUGCUACAUUUUGGCAGUUGUAGAAAAGACCCCAGGCCUCAAUGCAACGAAGUUGAUAAUUUAAACUUAGGCUGUGAAUCUAAUGUAUCCCCUACCUUAAAAGUUAACCUUGCAUAUAAUUUCAUGUCUGCUUUCCUCAGUUAUGUUCCCUUUUAAUUUUUGCUGUGCCUGCCAGAUGGUUCAGGAGACAAGAUGUCACAUUUGUAAAGUUGCAGUGCCUUUCACUGAGGUUUAACAUUCUCCUUUAUUGAUGCUUUGAAGCUCUGCUACAGAAGAAAAUAGUCUGUUUGAAUUUUCUGCUCUGCUGCUGAUCACCUUUAGCAGGAAAGGUGGAAUCCACUAACAAGUGAUAAAACACAUGGCUUUCAUAUGUAAUAAAACCUUGUUACCAGUCAUCCAUUUUAAUCCUUCGCAUCACAGAUUUCCUAUUUCUAACAGAAAAGAAUAUUCUUACAGCAUGGAUUUAUUUUUACUGAAACUCACAAGCCUAUAUUAAAUCCAUUAAGCCUACCGACUGGUUGUUAUGUAUUUCUAGACAGAUAUUUAUUUUUCUAAUGAGUGUGGUAAGACAGAUUUUUAAUUAGUAUUGAAUCACUUUUAUAAUAUAUUUUGCUGCUUCUUUUUGUUUUUCCAAUGAUGGCUCACUGUAUUUUAUAAAUACACAAUGUUUUUCAUCAAAGUUGAAGUUUAGCUAUGAUUAAUAAGUGGUGCCAAUAUGAUAUGUUGUAAUGGCAAAUAGACCAAGAAGCAGUUAUGGUAAGCAUCUCAAAUGUUUUUUUUAAUGCUCAUCAGAACAGAAACUGAAUUGAUUUUAUUGUAGCAAGCUCCACAUUUACCAUACAUAUAGUGCCUUUAAGAAGUUUUAGUCCCCUUGAGCAAUUGCAAAUUUUCAUUGUAUUUUUACAAAUAUUGGUUUUAAUGCACUUGUUUUUUCUUCAUUCACAGUAAAUGCAUUCUGUUAAAGCAAAAUAUUUAUUAUUUAUCAGUGUAUUAAAAUGAUACAUUAAAGUGAAGUGUUUUGCAAAUGAAUUGUAGAGCCUUGACCACAAGUUAAUAAUGUUAAUGAGGAAAUUAAAGAUGGAAGACUUUUUGAAAGAUUGCAUCUUAUGAUGAAUUAGAAAACACAUUUUCACCCCCGUCAGAAGCCCUGCUUUCAAAAUGAACUUUAGAUAACGAUCAUGAGCUUCCAUGUCAGGUUUGUGUAAUUUCACCCAUUCUUCCUCACAUGUUUGCUUACAUUGUGUCAGGUAGAAUGCACAGUCUAAGCAAACCACAAUCUUCACGUCUUCCUUUUCAGUUAGAUUCAAGUUUGGGUUUUGAAGGACCAUUCGAGGAAAUUGUAUAGGCUACAUCUGAAACCACUGCAUCUUUACUUUUGGCUGUAGCUGAGAUAAUAGACACAUUUAUAUGGUAGUGUCUUGAACUUCCACCACAAUUUCUACUCCAGUAUAAACCGUGAAAGGGCAGCUGAAUGCAGUUUAGCUUAAUUAUUGUAAAAAGGGUUGUUCCAUAUCAAAAUAUAUAAUUACAUUUUUAAUUUCCAUAAAGUUACAUUGAGUUUAAUCAUAUUGGCUAAUUUGUUUAAGCAAGUAAUCGUCAAAUGAAAUCAUUUUGAAUUAAUCUUGAAAGUUUACAUAAUAUGAAAAGCAUUCCAAGAGGGAUAGGUAUCUUCUGAAGGCAAGAGGUUUGGUUUUCUAUUUUUUUUGUCUAGCUAGACA